AUGUGGGGCGCCUGGUUUGGCGGGCAAACAGCCCAAAGCCGAAAAGAUGCGCCGAAGAAAGCUAUACUGGACCUGCGGCAGCAACUGGAUAUGCUGCAAAAAAGGGAACGGCAUUUAGAAAGUCAGAUGGCCCAGCAAGAUAAGGUUGCUAGGGAGAGUGUCACGAGCAACAAAACUGCUGCGCGAAACGCUCUCAAGAGGAAGAAGCAACACGAACACUCUCUGGAGCAAACGGCAGGGCAGAUACAGAUGUUGGAACAACAAAUAUACUCGAUAGAAUCCGCGAACAUAAAUCAGGAGACCCUAGCAGCCAUGAAGAAUGCUGGGCAGGCGAUGAAGCAGAUUCACGGAAAGAUGACAAUGGAGGAUGUGGACAACACCAUGGAGCAACUCCGUGAACAACACGAACUUACGCAAGAAAUCGGCACCGCAAUCACAAGCAUGCCAAUUACCGAGCCGAUCGACGAGGACGAACUCGAAGGGGAACUCGCGGCUAUGGAGCAAGAGAAACUGGACAAUCAGAUGUUAUCGACUGGUACCACUGUGCCGGUAGGCGAUGAGCUUGAUAGGCAGCAUGUUGCUACGAAUGGAGAGAAGAAGGGAAAGACGAAAGUGCGUACGGAAGAAGACGACGAGGAAGAAGAGUUACGGAAACUGCAGGCCGAGAUGGCUAUGUCAUGA